GCCUGAGCUCCGUCCCUCUAGCGGCUGUGAGCGGAGGGGAGACGCCUUUCUGCAUGUUCACCGGGCCCGCUGCUUCUGUCAACUCCACCGUUCACCUCUAAAACAUGGAUUUCGGAGAUCUGUUUGACGAGCGGACGUUUCCUUUCUCCGACUUUCAGGAGUUUUCGUUUCUCCCUGGACAUCAGCAGCUGGCAGACCGAGUCCGGAAGCGUCUGUAUUACGGCCUGGAUCCGGACACGUCUCUGGACGCGCUGUCCUGUCCGGUCACCGAUAUCGCUGUUGAACUGCUCCAGAAAUCUGCCCCAAGCCCGAUACGAAAGCUCCACAAGAAAUAUGCCGCACAUGUAGCCAGAGAAGCAUGCAUCUCCCCAUGCGCUAUGAUGUUGGCCCUGGUUUACAUCGAAAGGCUCCGGCACAGAAACCCUGAGUACCUGCAGCAGAUCUCCUCCUCCGACCUCUUUCUGAUAUCCAUGAUGGUGGCCAGCAAAUAUUUGUACGAUGAAGGUGAAGAAGAGGAGGUUUUCAAUGACGAAUGGGGUGCAGCCGGGAAGUUGGAUGUGCACACUGUCAACACCCUGGAGUUGAAUUUCCUCAGUGCUAUUGAUUGGAGUCUGUUCACUGAGCCCACUGAGUUCUUUAAUGUGUUGAACCAAAUUGAGACCAGCAUUGCGGAACGGCAGGGCAUGAAGCGGGGCUGGUUUACUUACACAGACCUUUGUGUGCUUCUGGAGCAGUCCAACUGGAGGCAGGUGCUAACGGCCAUCUAUCAGCACUUUGCCAAGGUCACAUGUGUGCUGGGUCUCCUCUACUUGACCAGCGUGGCCGGACUCAUCGCAGCCUCAGCCGUCCUGCGCCAGCUCAGCCUGCCAAACGCCAGUCGCUCUCCUCUUGUCCCGGUCGACGUGAUGGACCCUGCCCUCCUGCAGCCCUCUGAACAUCUCUCCAGCCUUCAACCACACACACCCUCCACAGCCCCCCAUCUUCGCUGCUGUGUCUUGGGCAACGAAAGCCAAAAACCCCGUGUUCCCAUCUCGCCGGAUUUUCACCACGACCACCACAAUCACCACGGCCCCUCCUCACACUCUACCUUCCCUCAGUACUCUGCAUUCUCUCUCUUCGGUUCCCUGUUCUCGGCCCUCGCUUCUUCAGACCCCUCGCCACAGGAGUGCACCGACCCCCUGUUCUUCUGUCACAGCCACCUGGAUGGUUUUCCCCCGUCGCAGUGCGGGGCUCGUAACGUUUCCACAAACCAUCACCUGUCCUGGUACAACUGGCUCGCUACACCGUGGCUGUCUCCUGUUUUGCUUAGUGAGGGUCCUUUAAUCCCGGUGGCCACCCUUCAGAGACGCCCCUGUUGCCCCGAGACUGCACUGCCUUUUGGGAAAUCGCCAGCGCUCCUCAUACCUGCUUGAAGAUGGUCUGCCAAAUCCCUGCUCAUGGUUGUGGAAUCAUACCAGCUCAUCUUUUAGACUCUCCUGAUUUAUAAUACCUCCCUUGGUUUUUCUAUGGGGUUUCUAUGCUUAAAAACUUCUAAUUGCUUUUAUGCCCAGAGCACAGCGACCCAACGUUCUCCAACAAAUGCCAACAAAACUGCAUGUGAUUGUGAUUGACAUGGCUUUUGAAGGUCUAGAUUUUAGGGUAAUAUGAACAGCCCACAUUGGGUUGUUGGUGUUUGUUGGUAAAUGUUAAGUCUUUAAAAGCCUUUAAAAGCACUUAUGUCCCAUUGGCCAGUGGUCGUGGUUGCGCACUUGUCUUGCACAUUUGAAUAUUUUCUUGCUAGAACUCGACUUGGAGCAAUCUUAUUUAUAAGCUGAAAAAUUGGAUCAGGCAUGUAAGAGCAGCGAAAACAUUAACGUACAGGGCAGGACCAGGAUUCUGAACCUUUACAGUGGGCUAAGGAUAAGCUGCAAAUGUAAAUACGUUAUAUGGGUUGAAUACGAGAUAAAGGUUUAGUGAAUUUAAAGAAGCUACCUGUAAGGUAUCCAUGUUUAUGUCUAUAGUCUUCACAACUUACCAACAAAACUUUAAAAACCUAAACGAGGCAUUGAUCUCAUUGGAAAAUCUCUCCAAAGGCCAGUUUAGCUCUUGUGCCAAAUUCGUUCCAACUUGGCCUCUGUGGUUCAGUUUAUUGCACCACACAAGUGUGCAUUUGCAAUAAGUUUAGCUUGAUAUAUCAACAAGAACGACAGAAUUUAGGAGCUUUUACAGGUUAGUUUUGCUUAUAAUCUUCUGCCAUUUGAAUCCUACCUUGACUUUGUCUCCCAGCGCAUUUUAACCAAUGUGGUGUGUUGCCUUUUUUAUAUAACACAUUUAUAUGGGAAUAUUUCACAUCCUAAAAUAAGACGUUGACAGAAGUGCACACAAGCACAGGAAACGACGAGUGAGGAUUUUUUUUGUUAGUUGCUUUUAACUUUAAAAGUAUGUAGCUCUGGUUUGGAAAUGGUUUGCGAGUUGAUUCUGUUAUUGCGUUAUGCUCUUGAGGGAUUGUAAUGUUGUCCAUUGCCAAUGAACAAGCAUCUACUGCUAGAUUGGUUCAGGUUUAGUUUUUUUUUAUUUUUUUUUUUAUUGCAAACAUAAGGUAAUAGGAAAGUAAGAGGUUCAUACAGCUGUUCUGUUUUACAACAAAAAAACUGAACAUUGAA